AACUGUUUCGCUUCAGUCGCAAAGGAAAGCGCGAAGUGUAUACACCGUGCCAAAACCCGAUAUUCCCGAGUGACAACGUGAUACGAAACGCGUACACCAUAACUUUGUCUAUUGCUCAAUAUCAUUUCGUAAUUCCACCGUGUAAUAACAUAUUUUAAAUCUUGAAUUGUGUUGUGGAAGGAACUUUGUGGACAACAUGUUGGACAAGUCCAUCCUAGGCGGUAGUUGGGAGAGCGUGAUCUCGAGAGACGACUACGAGAUCGACUAUAGUCCUAGUCCAAGAGGAUCACCUUUGAAGGAAACGACCAACAUCCAGGAGGAGCAGCCCUACCUGAUCAGUCGCCACAAUCCUAACAAGACGUUCCGUCGCGAAUCCGUCAUCGCUUCGUGGAAGAGUUUAAAGAAAGAGAGAGAACAGGCAUUAGGGAAACGUAUCGUCUAUGUCGACGCUGACAGCUAUGAAGAUUAUUACGGAAGGAAUGAAGUCAAGCGUUGUAAGAGCGAGAGGACAGCAAACGCUCCUCGUGUUCUUAAAAAGGUCAAACGUACGUAUUCGGUAUUGUACAGAUACGACCCGAACGAGGAAAAGGUUGUUAAGGAAUACAAAUACCAACCGGCCAAGGAACCUGAAAUGUCAACGAAUACAAACCUUCAGAAAUCUUACUCGGAACCAUUCCUGAGACCCGAGAGAACGCCUAAAAAGAAGGUAAAGAGGUCCAUCACGACGUUACUUAACAUCAAGACGAAGUUGGUCAGCUUGUUCUCAUCGAAGAGUUAAGAAUUUUUUUUAAGUAUUAGGUGAAUAGUUGCUCAAUUUAAUGCAUUUUCCUUAGAUUAAGACGGUUUUGGUACUUAUUUGAAGUGCUUUAGCGUGAUGGUUGUAAAAUGAAAUCAGAAUGUUUUAGUAACGUUGGUUUAAUGUGCUUGAUAUCUCAUUUAAUUAAGAAUAGAAAGUAUAAGUUUAAGUUAAGAACAAGUUCUGGCUGGCUUAGUAAGACUUGUCAAGGUCUUACUUGAAAACAAUUAUCUUAGUUAAAUGUUUGUUAAUACUUUCACUAGAAAAUUUACUUCAUAGCAGAAUUAUAAUUAGAGGCAGGAAAAACCUAAGAUAA